AACUUAUCAUUCAGUAGUUCACAUAAGAAACUGUUUUACUGUCGUUAAGACAAAGGUUGGAUAAACAAUUCGAGUGGAGUAAAUCUCACAACUUUUCACGUAAGAACGAGAGACUGAGCCACUAUACCAAAUUGCAUCGGGCAAAAAACAUCUAUCAACUUUAGAAGCAAAUCCCUUGUCCUCUUCUCCUUUGGGCUCUAAACGAGAGGGUAGUUUGGAACGCCAUGAGGCCCAAAGAGCGGACCGACUGUGGAUCCAACAAGGGCACCCCAAAAGUUCCCCUCAUAGAAGAACAGAGCCAGAGAGAGAAUCAAAUUCAACUUUUUCUAGGGUUUCUGGAACUGCGAAGCCAUGUCGUCGACGACCACCAACAAAGCGGGAACGGCGUCAGCCCAGCAGAGCAACGCGAAGCCAGGGCUCCGAAAGCCCGUGUUCGUCAAGGUGAGCGAUCUCAAGCCCGGAACGAGCGGCCACACUCUCGUCGUCAAGGUCAUCAACGCCACCACGGUGUUGCAGAAGGGCCGAUCGGUGUCGCAGCAUCUCCGCCAGAGCCGAAUCUCCGAGUGCCUCAUUGGGGAUGAGACCGGGACCAUUCUCUUCACUGCUAGAAAUGAGCAAGUUGAUUUGAUGAAGCCUGACUCCACUGUUAUUAUCCGCAAUGCUAAGAUCGACAUGUUUAAGGGAUCCAUGAGGCUAGCAGUUGACAAAUGGGGCCGUAUUGAGGUGACUGAGCCUGCAAAGUUUGUAGUAAAGGAUAACAACAAUCUCUCUUUAGUUGAAUAUGAGCUGGUUAGUGUUGUGGAGGAAUGAAUAGGGUCUCUUUGCUGCUAGUAUAUUUCGAGAGAAGAAUCAAAAUUCCUAAUGCUGUAACUGCUGCUUGGUUAUGUUCUAUUGGCGAUAUGCUUAGUUUGACUUUGGGAUUGGUUGGAAGAUGUUUAUGAGAAAAGACUUGGUGAUUUUUAAUAUAAUUAUAAUGUAGGGUUUGGUUGGAUGUGGGCAGGAACAGCUUGUGUCUUACUUAAGGUGAAAAUGUAACUUGAUUUUCAUCACUAAGAAAGUGCUUCACUUCUUUCUUCUC